AUGGUAUGGGAACAACUGUUUGGAUUUUACGUAGAAGUAGUCUUUUUAGUACUUUUGACAUUAUUAGGAGUAGGCUUACAGGGCGAUAUGAACUAUAAUGAAGUAGAUGAUUAUCGUGAACAAACAAUGUUUCAUACUAGAUUACUAUGUUGUACUCUGUACAUUACUCUGGCUGUUAUUUGUUUAUUUGCGAAUUUAGUUUGGUAUAUUGCGGACGCUGAUAAUGAAUUUUAUGAAGCGUUUAAUCCGUAUUUGAAUAAAACAUCAUUAUACAAGAAAUCAGCAUUUGAAAUAUAUCUUCCUUUUGAUACAUCUAAUGAUGGUUAUAUUUGGUUGGCUUUUUUCAUCCAGUACUACAGUAAACUGAUAUCGGUACAAAUGUUUAUACCUUUUGAAAUCCUUCUGACUUCCUUUAUAAUUCAUCUAAUAAGUCAAACGAUGGUUGUAGCAGAAGCCUUUAAACAUAUUCAUAAACAUAUAAGUCCGAAACAAACAGCAGGAAGAAAGUUUCUAAUAAUAGAAAUGAGGAUAAUUAAGUGUAUAAAUGAACUACAAGAGAUAUAUAGUGCUUUUAAUUUAGUUGAUGCUGUAUGCUCUGUCCAAAUGUUAAUUCAAUAUGGAUGUGCAAUACUUAUACUGUGCAUAUUAUGCUAUAUGGCACCAAUGCUUGAGAAGGCCGGAGAAAUUUUCGGUUGUGUUAUGUUUUUGAUUGCUUCUCUUGGAGAAAUAUUUUUUUUCUCGUACUGUUCUCAAACUCUAACUUUAGAGCUGCAAAAAGUUGCCAUAUCAAUAUAUGGUAUUCAAUGGGAAACAUAUCCAUUGAAAGUUCAAAAACACAUUAAGUUUUUAUUGAAGCGGUUACAAAAGCCUGCAGUAUUGAAAGCUGGUAAAAUGUUUCCCAUCGAUUUAAAUUUUUUUAAUUUGAUACUACAAAAGGCUUAUUCAUUUUAUACAAUCAUAAAUGCAAGACAAUAAUAAUAUUAAUGGAUAACAAAGCAUGAAGAUUCAUAUUAUUGAUGAAUAUAAAUAGCAAAAUAAAG